CGUGAUACGAAUUACGUUUACUUAUGUUUCUUAUUUUGACUGGAAAGCUCUCUAGACACUGAUCUAUAGUGUGUAUGCACACACGUGCGAAGUUGUAAAUAUCGAGCACGUAUUGUAAAUAUUAAGAAGAUGAUUAAGAAAAUUAAGAAGCUGAGACGUAAGAAGAAAUACAAUCCAAAUGUGAAUCGAAAGAGGCUACGAAAUAAAUUACGAAAAUUACCGAAUAUCUCGUGCGAUCCGAUAAAAAAAGCAUGGACGAACUCGAAAUCUAUGCGAGUCAAUUUGAGAGAAAUGGGUUUGGCAUAUGAUGCAAACGAAGCGUUACAAAUUCCUAAUAUAAAGCAUGAAAUGUUGGAGAAGGCCAAGAGAAUAGUUAGAGAUGAUGAUGAGAGUUUGUCGGAUCACGAAGCUGAAGAUGUGACUCCAAUAAAAAAGCACGUGAUGGAAAAUUUGGAAGCUGAAAUGAAAGCACCUCGAGAGCGUCGUUUUAGCUUACCGAAAGGAGAGGCACAAUUUUUGACUUAUUUGAUCAAAAAAUAUGGCGAAGAUUAUGAAGCAAUGUCAAGAGAUAAGAAGAACCAUUAUCAAUUAACCUGGAAACAAAUACGAGCCAAAAUAAAAAUGUUUAAAGGCAUUCCAGAACAGUACAACAAAUAUGUUCAAAAAGACAGCACAAAAGCAAACUCGUAACUUAAAUGCGUGUCUGUGCCCUGAGCGAAGAAUGGUGAUGCUGUUACCUCUGGCAUAAACAUUUACAAUCGCGUUAAAAUCAUCGAUGUUCUUCGAGUACGUAUUCCUGUAUCCAAAUCAGACACAGUUUUGGGGAUGAUUCAACGUCAUCGCGGAUGUCGAUACCCGAAGAAACGUCUAGUCUUGUGAAAAAGUUCUGAUAACGCUUUCCAAAGGCAUACUCUCGGUUUAUUAUUUCAAAUUACUUUGUUUCUCAGACGUCCCAGACUCUCGAUUUCAGUUUCCAAUACGUCGCCACGCUAAAAUAUAUUUACAUAUAAUAAAGUUCUAAUUUAAUUAA